UAUCGCCAAGUGGAUCCUCAAGCACCCGGAGUUGUCCCGCUUCCUGGAGGCCGCCAUAGCUGAAAUGUCGAAUGAGUUAGGCCCAUGGGAAGGUCUCACGCAGCUCAAGGAGCUGAUGUUUGUCGCGUCUGCCCACGUCCGCGACUUUGUCAAGCACGCGAUUGCUGACGCUCUCGAGCUUAAGCAGUACCGGGCCCUUCAGGCGCUCCGUGGCUGGCGCCUGGGCAAAGUUUGGCUCAUUCACCGUGCUCUGCGCUGCUAUCCCGUGCUGCAGUCUCAUUUAUGCCUCGUCUCUUUCCAGUGCACUCGUAUUGAUGGCCGACGCGCGCUCAUUCGCUCUAUCGAGAUGCAGUUGCUUGACCAGGAAUCGCAUGACCUUGAGUUCUCGUCUUUCUGGGCCGAUGCCCCAUCGGAAGUCAAAACAUCUCACAAGCAGCGCAUCGCCCGUAGGCAAGAGCUAUGGCGCAAGUUCAAGAGCCGCACAUACCUGUCUUGCAUAUAUGAUAACUCUGGGAUGCCGUGCAGGUCUAUCGACCACUCCGCCGAGGUUCCUGAAGCUGCCCGUAUCUUGCAUGAUGUACACCUCACCUUGUUCACAGAUGACGUGACUGAGCUGCCAGUUGAGAUGAGGCGGAGCCUCAUGGUCUUCCUCCCCAAAGGUACAGAUCCCAGGGACAAGGGCGACUCCAUUAGUCGGCACCCCAGCUGCACGCGCCCGCUCAGCAUGUCGAACGCUGAUAUCAAACUGCUCGCUGGUGCCAUUACGUUGCCGCUCGCCGUAAACACCAAACGCACCAUAUCGACCGAUCAAAAAUGCGUUGCUGGCAGAGACAUGCUGACCAAUAUUGUUGACGCUGAGGGCUGGGGGCUUGAGCAGCGCGUGCUGGUCGCCCGAACGCCGCCCUUUUCAUGA